AUGCUCAAUCGCUCUGCCGCUGUCGGAUCUGGCUCUCGCAAGGCUUUCGAGCUCUUCAUCGUGCCCGGCACCUCCUCGACGACACAGGCUCACGCAACGGCAACGGACGGCCCCGAACGCGAGGGAGGCAUGACCAAAUGCUGUGUGUGUGGACUGGCGACCGACAAGCGCUGCCAAGCGUGCGCAAAGAGCAGGAUUGCCCUCUUCUUCUGCUCGCCGGAACACCAGAAGCUCGUCUGGAAGCACCACAAGCACGUCUGCGGGCCGAACGCUCACCCUUUCCACUUUCCGCCUCUCUCGCAGCGAGAAGUCGACGAGUUACUGGAGCUGGGCGACACUCCGCUCACAUUGGACAUGGCCAACGUUGACGCAAUCAUGCGUGUCGCGGAGCCGGACGAAGUACAGAGACUCGCCGCGCGCGUCAAGCAGCCACCGCGUACAGUCCGCCAAGGCAUCGAAGAAGACUUCGGCGCACCGUCAGGCUCCUUCUCGCAACUUCGCUCGCCUUCCGCCUUUCCGCCUCACCAGCAAGACAUGCUUCUUAACGCCCGAGAGUCUCUCAAGUCUGCCAAGAUUGAACGCAAAUCGAACAGCUUUCUCCUGUUUGACGAGCUUGACUUCUGGUCGCACGUCGCAGUCUGGGACUUCGUUCUUCCGCCUCGUCGCGAACCUUCGAACGAGGAGCUGCAGAAAAGCAUCUCUUGGUCGCACUGCCGGCACCAAGCUGUCGUCGUCUUCUCACUUCUGACGAGGAGGAGGGCCGCCAAGAACUCGGCGACGGUACCACUGGACCUCAUCCACCGGGCCAUUGAGCAAUACUUCGACCUGGUCGGCCGGGCGGUGCCCGCUCUCGACGAACCAACGGCAGGUUACGCUGCGCACACAGUGCUAGCGGCCAUGUGGGACGUUGCCGACUUCAAGCUCUACAUUCAUCGCGAUUCUUCGGGACAUGUCGUCGUCCGCUUCUCGCCUCCGCCCUCAUGGCCGUUCAGCGCUUGA